CGCGCACACACACACACACACAUCACUCGGGUGAGAGAAGCAGAUAGGAAAAGAGAGGAGGGGGAAAGGAAGGACAAAAAGAAGGGGGACACUGCACUGUUUGUUUUCGUUUUUAUUACUUCGAAUAAGAGAAAAGGAACGCUGCCGUUUCUCUUUAAAUGCACGGUUAAAUCAUUGCAAACGGCUUCCAUUUUUAUUUAAAGGAAAACAGUAGGCCACGAGGAAGACGCUGGAGUUAGAAGUGAUUUGAGCGUUUGUGGCAUUACUUUCUAAAGCAAAAGGAGACACGCGGUUUGCAGUCCUGUAAGUGUUUAGCGGCUUUAUAGAUUGGUACAAGACCAAGCGAAACAAGCAAUUAAUAUAUAGUUACUUCAUAUGACUUUAGAAAUUUUAUCAAGUAGUUGCCAAAUGUCAUUGAGUUCCGCGAGAAGGAAUAAAUAGCUUUAUUAGUGGCCUUUUAAAUCACACUGCUCAACAAACACGGGGAAGAAAACCCGAUCUUCUUUACCAGCCGGUUAUUCACAGCAUAUUUGCGGACUAUGGCGGCGGUAACAAGUCCAGAAUCGAGCCAACCAGCUCGCGUUUACUUCCAGACGCCCACCGGUUCAACCGAAGAAGCCGAGACCCCGGCCCGCAAGCAAGGACGGGUCACAGUGAAAUACGACCGGAAAGAACUGAGAAAGAGACUUAAUUUGGAAGAGUGGAUUAUUGACCAGCUAACGGAUCUCUACGACUGUGAGGAAGAGGCGAUCCCAGAGCUGGAGAUUGACGUGGAUGAGCUGUUGGACAUGGAGAACGACGUAGACCGUGCUGCACGAGUCAAGGACCUGCUGGUAGACUGUUAUAAACCUACUGAGGUGUUUGUAGCUGAAUUGCUGGACAAGAUCCGUGGCAUGCAGAAGCUCAGUACUCCUCAGAAGAAGUGAAGCUCCUCCCAACUCCACCACUCCUAAACCAAUCCCAUCCCUCCUUUUCCAAUUUUAGGGGUGUGACUAUUCGCCCCUGAGCAGGUGCUCAUCCAGUCCCGUUGCUCCUUUGCAUCCGUUGGGGAGGAGGUGGAGGCAAAGUUAUGGGAUAUUCAAUCAGAUCCUUAUAAGCAGGGCUUAUUUUUCUUAUUUUGUUGAUUUUAUUUGUAUUAUUUUAUUCUAUUUCAACUUUUUUUGUAAAGGGGGCAAGAUUUCAUUGGUUUGAAAUGUUAUUAAACAUAUUUUCAUGGUUGUUUUUUUUCAUUAGUCUUUAUGAACAGAAUGGUUUUAUUUUAUAAACUUGGAUUUUUGUUAGAAUUUAGUUUUUUAAUAUGGUUUCAAAGCGUCCUGCUCUCACAAUGAACACAUGCACUAAAACCCUUUGUGAAACUGUGACGAUCCUUGGUUUAAAAUGACGUCAAAGGAGAUCAAACAGAAGCGGCCUUGUGGAUUUUUCUCUCUCUAUUUUUUUGAUCCUCCUCUUUCUUGAAUAAGUGCAGGAACAUUUUUAA